CGCGGAGAUAAUACUCUAGAAGGUGAAAAGUCAUAAAUUCCUGACUUAUAUAAAGCAAUCCUCAAUUCUCCUUGGUAAUUCACACAAAUCCCAAUUUCGAUCGCUCCAAAAGACCCAGAAUUGAUUGAUCAAAAUGCAAGGAUAUCCUCCACCACCGCAUCAGGCGGAGAUGUCGAAGAUGCCGCCGCAGCAGCAACCGCCGGUGAUGGGAGAGCCGGUGAUGGGAGUCCCCUACUACGUCCACGAGAAUCCCUACCAGGCCGGCAUGGUUCCACCCAACGCCAUUUACGGCGACCCAAAGGGAGUUCCGCUUCAACAAACCAUCUACAGAGACACACCCGCUCCUUUCAACUGCCUUUACUGCGGCGACACCGGACUCACCCAAGUCAGAUCAAAGCCGAGUCUGGCAUCUGUUGUGGGGUGUUUGAUGUGUUGUGGUUGUGGGUUCUGCUUUCUUUUGCGUUCCAUGGACUGCCUCUGGCAUAAGUACCAUUAUUGCUCACACUGCCACCAAAAGGUUGCUGAAUUUGAGAAGUCUGAUCCUUGUAUUGUGAUGGACCCUCCUAACUGGACAGAAGCCAGCUUUGCAGUGCCUGCAUGAUAAGUGUCUUGUUCUUAUUCCUCCUCACAUUGUCACCGUGCCCUCUGCUUCACUCUAUAUUUCUAAGACUGCUGUGUAAAUCUAUUUUCAUGUGACCUAUAAGUGUAUAUGGAGUUUGAAAGUUGAAAUGGUUGCCGGACGAUGCUGUGUGAACCAAUAGAUUGACAAUAAAUUUCAAUACAAUAAAACGCAUGCAGUUUCCAUUUUCA